AUGGGACUUCCAACUCUUUCUAAAGGCAUCAAGUGGAGAGUGGGUUCUGGGGAGAACUUGAGGUUCUGGACAGAUAACUGGCUUAGUUGUGGCCCUCUCCAGCAGCAUGCUCUCACUGAGCUGACUGAAGAUAUGCUCCAGUUGAAUAAGUUACUUACUAAUGUGCAAAGACAGAGAAGAGGCCUCACUCAAAUCCCUAACUGUCCUAGAUGUGCUGCUCUUAUGGAAACAAUUGAGCACCUGUUCAAAGACUGCCCUAUUUCUAUUGCUGCUUGGAAUGGCAUUGGUGUUGAUUUUGGGGACCUUGGCUCUCUUGACUUUGAUGAUUGGAUUCUGCGAAAUUUGAAGAGUAAAAGGAAGCUGUCCUGGAAUCGUCCCAGUCUUGGAGGCUGUAAGAUUAACUCUGAUGGUAGUAGGAAUAACACUACUGGUCAAAUUGGCGUUGCUAGUGUGUUAAGAGAUGCAACUGGUGCUUGGCUUAAGGGCUAUUAUGUGAAUUUGGGUAUUGGCUCUGUCCUUGAGGUUGAAUUGUGGGCUAUUUUUUGGGGACUCUCCCUAGCUUGGGACUCUGGGUUUCGAACUGUGGAAGUGGAAAGCGAUUCCAAGAUUGCAGUGACUCUUCUUAAUUCUCUCACUAUUUCUACCCACCCCCUGUUCAACAUCAUCAGUUGCUGCAGAGGAAGGUUUCUAGCGAACUGUGGAAGUGGGGGAAAAAAAAGCAAAAAUCGGUUUCUAGCGAUGAGCCCAAGCCUGGGUUGGGAGUGGGUCCCAUGA